AUGUCUAUAGCAUUAAUGAUGAACUUGGCAGCGUCUUUGGGCCAGGCUCCGAGUCGACAACAACUCGUCCGUGCAGUGGACAUCUCAGUCUUGGACGUGAGAUCAGUGAACAGGCUCGCCUUAUUCUGCAGGUUCAUGCUCGACAAUCCUGAGCGGCUGCCCCUGAUACAGUCUCUCAAGAUACACGUCUAUCCAGGCUACCCUGCUGCUGGUAAAUCAUGGGUGUUUUUCGAGACCCAACUCGCACCGGUGCUCGAGUCAGCUAUUAACAUCAAAAUGAUCUCGCUGUCUUGGAUAGAGCCCGAUACUCCUUGCCUCCGACAAGCCAUUGUUUCCUGUUUUUCCCGCGUUGUAGAACUGGGCUUAGGUCAGGGCUCAAGCCGCCUUGCCUUCAUUCAUCAGUCACUUUCCCGUUGCAAUCCCCGUCUACGCCGAGUUGAUCUAACUCUGGGCGGUAGAGAUGACUUGGUAGGGGUAUUGUCUGCCCUGCAGCCCUGUCAAGAUUCUCUGGAAGAGCUGCAGGUGUGGAAGCUGCCCAGAAGUAGGCGUGUUUCGAGUCUCCAGUGGCCCCUUGUUCAAUCCUUGACGAUAGAAGGACACAUUUUCGGCUUGACGUGGCUAUAUUCGGUGUUCCCGAAUCUGCAACACCUUGUCCUGUCUGAAUCCAUGGAGAGCAUAGGAUCUGGCUCGGACUCCCCCGUGGAGGAUAUCGCCGCGUGGAGUUCGCUACGCACAUACAAGGGACGGUUGCGCGCAUUUCUGUCCCUCGGCGUGACGUGCCGCCUUGCAAAGCUGUUCGUGACCGAGAGUUUUACGGGAUUAUUCGCCCACCUCCAGGUGCCCAUCCUGGCAACGGUCCUCGCGCGCAGCCGGCCUCGGUGCCUCUUUAUGAAGAUCGUGGACGUACCGGAAUACCGCGAUUGCUCGUCUGACGAUAUGUUGGCGCGCCUGUGUGACCCUACUCUUUGGGGGGCGGCUCCUGACUUGGAGUCCCUGCACAUAGAGUUCACAGGAGAGUGGUUGUGCGACGUGUUGUUACUGAAGUGUAUGCGAAAGUUGUGCGAAAGAGUAUCUUCCGGACUGGGUCAAGGAUAUGGCCCCGAGGAGGAACAGUGUAAGAGCAAAACGCCAGGCAUCCCACCGAGCAAGCAAAACAGGCUGAGCGCCGAGUACUUGAGUAGUAAGACGCAUCGCUCGUCUUCCUCCGCACCACGUCCAAAUCCACACCAACCAAACCACAUCCAAACGUCCACAUGUAAGUAGAUACGUAGAUACACACCACCACCACCAGCACCACAAAUAACGAGGUACGCACACGUAAACUAGACUACAAUCCGUAAAGCAAACGCAAACAAACGAGAGUGUUCAAUCAGCGGGGAGGUCGGGGAGAAGGGCGGUAGGAUAUCAUUGCGCGGUCCGAUAGCUCGGCGGCGGCGGCGAGAACGCGCGGCGCGGCAGCUCCUCGGGGCCCGCGUGCGCGGUGUAGAAGCUCGCGUCGCUCGGCUCCGGCGCGUGCGCGUGUUGUGGCGGGAAGUACUGCUGCUGCGGCUGGAAGGGCGAGGGCGAGGGCGCGUACGGAGCGGCAGCGAAUUGAUGCGGCGACUGUGGAUGAACCUGGGGCGAGAAAUGCGCCUGCGUAGGCGUCCCCGCCGGGUAGCUCGGCGUCGGCAGCGGGCUCUGGUACGGAUUCGCGUACGCCGCGAACUGCGCCUGCGUCGGCGUCUGCUGCUGCUGGUACGGGUACGGGUACGGGUAUUGCUGCUGCGGGGGGACCGCCGGGCUCCGGCUGGGGCUGGGGCUCGACGUGGCGGUGGGGUACGUCCCCGAGCGCGGCGUCUGCGGCGGCGGCGGGAUCGGCGGCACGACGGGCGGCGGGCCUACAGGCGGGGCGUACUGUCCUGGACUCUGGCCAGGAUACCCACCCUGUCCUUGCCCCUGACUCGUAUACCCACCCUGUGCAUGCCCUUGUCCCUGACUCGUAUACCCACCCUGUUCCUGUCCUGCAUACCCACCCUGUGCUGGCCCUUGUCCCUGACUCGUAUACCCAACCUGUCCCUGUCCCUGUCCCUGUCCCUGUCCCUGUC